AUGGCCUCCGAGACCAAGGUCUACCGGGCGAGCACCACUGCCCCCGUCAACAUUGCCGUGGUCAAGUACUGGGGCAAGCGUGAUGCCAAGCUCAACCUCCCUACCAACUCCUCGCUCUCCGUGACCCUCUCCCAGGCCGACCUGCGCACACUCACCACCGCCUCCUGCAGCGCAUCCUACUCCAGCUCCGAAGGCGACUCGUUGCUCCUUAAUGGCGAAUCCUCCGACAUCUCGGGCGCCAGGACACAGGCCUGCCUGCGUGCGCUGCGUGCCCGCCGUGCCGCUCUCGAGGAGAAGGACUCUUCGCUCCCCAAGCUUUCCACCAUGCCCCUGCGCCUCGUCUCCGAGAACAACUUCCCUACCGCCGCCGGCCUGGCAAGCUCAGCCGCAGGCUUUGCCGCCCUCGUCCGUGCCAUUGCCGACCUGUACGAGCUGCCAGACACCCCCGCGGAGCUCAGUCUAAUCGCCCGCCAAGGCAGCGGCUCGGCGUGCCGAAGCCUGUUUGGCGGUUAUGUGGCGUGGCGCAUGGGCAGCAAGGAGGACGGGUCAGACUCGCUGGCAGAGCAGGUUGCUACGGCCAGCCAAUGGCCGGAGAUGCGGGCGCUGAUCCUGGUCGCAUCGGCCGCGAAGAAGGCGGUGGGCUCGACCUCGGGCAUGCAGCAGACGGUGGCCACGUCGGGGCUCUUCAAGCAGCGGGUGGCGGAGAUUGUGCCGGCGAACAUGGACACGAUGGAGAAGGCGAUACGGGACAGGGACUUUGCGGCGUUUGCGGAGGUGACGAUGCGCGACUCGAACUCGUUCCACGCCUGCUGCGCCGACACGUACCCGCCCAUCUUCUACAUGAACGACGUGUCGAGGGCUGCAGUGCGCGCCGUCGAGAAGAUCAACGAGGCCGCCGGCAAGACCGUGGCGGCGUACACGUUCGACGCGGGCCCGAACUGCGUGGUGUACUACCUGGAGCAAGACGAGGCCGCCGUGGUCGGGACGUUCUACGCAUUGGUCGGCAGCUCUGUGGGUGGCUGGAGGGCCAAUGCGGCCAGCCUGAAGUCAGACGUGGUGGUGGACGACGCCGCCGCGGGCCAAUUGCAGGGUGGAAUCAGUAGAGUCAUCAUGACGGGCGUGGGCGAGGGGCCGUUGAAGACGGACGAGUAUCUCGUCACGGAAAGCGGACAACCCGCCCAGCGGUGA